CUACUCAACACCUGGAGGUGUACAUCAGACCAUACUCAGUCUGACAGUUGUACCGGGCAGACAGACAGUCCACCAUGGGUACAGGCAGGCCGCAGUUCUGUAGAGAUCCUCUAUGGAAUUCCAGUUUUUACGAUUUGAACGAAUUCCCACGUCUGACAGACUGCUUCCUCAACACGGUGCUGGUGUGGGUGCCAUGUGCUUUCUUGUGGUGCCCUCUGCCCUUCUACCUGGUGGUGCUGGCCAGGAAAGGGGAAGUCACUCCACUUCAUGUCACCUGGUUGAACUCGGCCAAGACGUGUUUCAGCAUGGUAUUAAGCAUGGUGGCGCUGGUGUCGUUGAUACAAGACUUCAAACUGUUAACGGACAGCGGCAGUGACGUGCUUCCGGUGGUCAUCUACCUGGCCAGCGCCCUGCGGCUGGUGACGUAUAUGUGUACAGCCUUCCUUACACAGCAUGAACGGCGCCGCCACGUCAUCACUUCCGAUUUACAGUUUGUCUUCUGGACCUUACUGACAUUGUGCGAUGUCGUGCCUUUCUACACGGCCAUCAUUGAAGAGGAUUAUAACGGCGACAUCCUGGAAUUUGUUUUGUUUUGUGUGACCUUUGCCAUAGAGGGCAUCCAGGUCAUCCUGUUCUGCUUUUCUGAAGCAUCUGAGGAGUCUCAGAAGGAAUACCUUCAAAAACAAAAGCCUCCAUGCCCUGAGGUCACUGCGUCCUUUCCCAGCAGGAUAACCUUCGCUUGGAUGACAAAGUUUAUGUACCUCGGGUGGCGGAAAAAUAUCGAGGAGGCUGACCUUUUCGAACUCAACCCUCGAGACAGCAGUGACGUCCUUGUCCCUACCUUUGAACAAGAGUGGGAGCUGGAGAAAGAACGAUUCAGAAACAAACAAACCAGUAAAGAAAGGACAAAGGAUCACGCUAACGUUGACCCCGCUGUCAUGACGUCACUUCCGACUGACCCCAUGAAAAGGGACAUCCAGUCGGAAACCGGGUCCCUUGUUUCCAGGUGCACACAAGGUGGAGGCGGGGCGGCGACUAUGUACGGUACCCUCGACCGGCCAGGGGACAACGAUGUUAACCCAGACAUGCCGUCGCUGCUCCGAGUCUUGACGAAGAUCAUGGGACCUCGGGUGAUCCUCGGGCUGUUCAUUAACGUAGUUUCUGACGGGUUGAUGAUUUUAAGCCCUGUGAUACUGGGGCUUCUGAUCGAGCAGGUGAGCAAACACGACACCAACGACAAGCAGGUGUGGUCUGGCUACGGGCUAACGGUGCUGAUGCUCCUGGUGCAUAUAAUCAGGUCAUUGCUCGCUUGCUUCGGCUUCUGGUGUUCCCAAUUAAUCGGAAUACAGAUCAAGACCAUCCUAAUUUCCACUGUCUACAUAAAGUCGUUGACGAUGAACAGCUCUGCACGGCGAGAGGUCAAUGGCGGUGAGAUAAUCAACCUCAUGUCCGUCGACUGUCAACGCAUUCAGGAGGCAAUGUUCUGUUUUACCAUUUUGACCACUCCUCUACAGGUUGUCAUGGUUGUCAGUGUCCUCUACGUCUACAUCGGUCCCCCAGUCUUCGCCGGCAUCAUCACUCUUAUCCUUACAAUCCUCCUCAACUCCUUAAUAGCAAGUCGUCAUCAGAAGCUCAACAUCAACAACCUCAAGUUCAAGGACAGCAGAAUGAGGCUGACCAAUGAUCUGUUGAGUGGAAUAAGGGUGGUAAAGAUGUACGCAUGGGAACUUUCCUUCGAGAAGAGAAUCACAGACUUGAGGAGCGAGGAGAUGAAGGUGCUGCUCAGAAUGGCCUACCUGAACAUAUUAUUGGGGGUGUGCUGCUACUUCGCACCUUUUCUGGUAACCCUGGCCACGUUUGCAACAUUUGUAGAGGUCUCCCCUGACACCUACCUGGACGCUCGGCGGGCCUUCGUGACUUUGUCCUUGUUAAACAUGCUGAGAGUGCCACUCGAAAGGCUAGCCAUUGUCAUCCCCAUGAUCGUUCAGGCUUUUGUGUCAGUGCAAAGGAUCAACAGGUUUCUGUGCUGUGAAGACCUCGACACAAACAGUGUUACCUAUGCUAAAGAUGCAGUAAACGCCAUUACAGUCCAAAAUGGAACAUUCACCUGGGAUAGAAAUUAUGAACCCGUCUUGAAAAAUGUUGACAUCAGCAUCGGCGUUGGCAGGCUAGUGGCGGUGGUGGGUCAUGUGGGAAGUGGGAAAUCGUCAUUGAUCUCGGCGCUUCUCGGAGAAACCGAGAAAUUAACAGGAGAAGUCAUCAUAAAGAGUUCUGUGGCCUACGCCCCUCAGCAAGCGUGGAUACAAAACACAACGCUACGUGAUAACGUCCUCUUCGGGAAACUCUUCAACAAACAAAAAUAUCAACAGGUCCUGCGGGCAUGCGCACUUGAGCCCGACCUGGAAACACUGCCUGCUGGAGACAUGACUGAGAUUGGUGAAAGGGGCAUCAACCUGAGUGGGGGUCAGAAGCAGAGAGUGAGUCUGGCCCGCGCCGUGUACAGUGACAGCGACAUCUACCUACUGGACGACCCGCUCAGCGCCGCGGACUCGCACGUGGGCAAACACAUCUUCACCGAGGUCAUUGGCCCCAACGGCUUGCUCCGACACAAGACGAGGGUGCUGGUGACACAUGGCAUCCACUGGCUGCCGAUGGUUGACGAGAUCAUCGUGCUGUCCGACAACGGCAUCUCCGAGAAAGGCAGCUACGACACUCUCAUGUCCCACGACGGACCCUUCGCUCGCUUCCUCAAACUUCACCUGCAGCAGAAGGAGGACUCGGAGGAAGACGAAGAUCCUGACAUCUCGACGGUCAUCAACAAGAUCCGAGAGGACGUGGAGACAGCGACUUCGGAUGACAAUACUUCCGGUGAAGAGCUGACAUAUUUCUACAACACUAGAUGCAGGAAGUCCAGAAGGACGAGACCAAAAUCAUCGUCGAUGACGGAACCAAGGAAAAUUAAGUGUGACCCGUGCUACCUGACGGAGGACACGUCACAAGAGGACAAUGGUAGGCUGGUGCAGGAGGAGACAAUAAAGAAAGGAAAGGUGAAGUGGAGCGUGUUUCUCACCUACAUACGAGCAGCAGGCGCUGUACCCUUCACGGCAUCCAUGUUGUUCUUCCUUCUCUUUCAAGCCGCCAACGCCUCUGGUAACUUCUGGCUCAGCCGCUGGACAGAUGACCCCUUCCUCGCCACAUCCCACGGAAACUCCACCUUGCGGCCCAACUACAAGGCAAAGAACGACUACUACCUGAUGGUGUUUGGAAUGUUUGGCAUAGCACAAAUCAUCCCCCUGGUCCUGAGCAACUUCUUACUCUGGGUUCGAACCGUUGUUGCCUCCAAAAACCUUCACAGCAGACUUCUUGCUAGUGUACUACAUUCACCAAUGCUGUUCUUUGACACAACUCCUGUUGGACGAAUAAUCAACAGAUUUUCCCUUGACAUCGAGACCAUUGACAACAUCCUUCCAAAGCACAUUAACGACUCCCUCACUCUCGGGAUGAUGAUUCUUACCACCAUCAUCGUCAUCUCCAUUAGUACACCGCCCUUCAUCAUUCUAGUUGUUCCUCUUCUCGUUUUCUACUAUUUCGUACAGAGCUUCUACAUCCCGACGUCCCGGCAGCUGAAGAGGAUGGAGUCGGUCACUCACAGCCCCAUCUACGUCCACUUCAGCGAGACCAUCAGCGGCGGCGCCACCAUCCGCGCCUACCGAGCAGUCGACCGCUUCAUCGAGGAGAUAAAACGACGGGUGGACAGAAACCAGUGCUUUUCCUUCGCUAGUCUUUGUGCAUUCAGAUGGAUGGUGACGAACUUGGAAAUGAUCGCAAAUCUUAUCAUUUUCGGUGCUGCCAUCUAUUCUGUCACCACACCGGGCAUCGGAGGAGGAACUGUGGGCUUCUCUGUGUCUUGCGCAUUGCAGCUCUCAGUCUCUCUGAGCUGGAUGGUCCGACAGAUUAGUGAGCUUGAAACAAGUAUGGUGUCGGUGGAGAGGGUGAAGGAAUACUCACAGCUGGAGUCAGAGGCUCCAUGGAUUAACCCUUUCCGACGUCCAGCUUCUUCUUGGCCCGAGAGGGGUCACCUUGUGUUCAGUGACUACAGCACGCGCUAUCGUCCCGGUCUUGACCUUGUAUUGCGAGACAUAACUUUUACUAUCGAGGCUGGUCAGAAGGUUGGUAUCGUUGGAAGGACAGGGGCAGGUAAAUCCUCGCUAACGCUGUCCCUGUUCCGCUUGAUUGAGGCCUGUAACGGCUGCAUCAUGAUCGACGGCGUCAACAUAGCUGACAUCGGGCUCCACGACCUGCGCUCUCGCAUUACCAUCCUGCCACAGGAUUCCGUUCUCUUCUCUGGCACGCUACGGAUGAACCUUGACCCGCUGAAUGAAUAUUUAGAUGACAAAAUGUGGAAAGCAUUGGAGAGGGCUCAUUUAAAACGUUUUGUGGAAGAUUUGCCAGAAAAACUGAGCUACCAGGUCGGUGAAAAGGGAGAGAGGCUAAGUGUAGGUCAGAGGCAGUUGGUGUGUCUUGCCAGGUCGCUACUUCGCCGAACCAAAAUCCUGGUUCUGGAUGAGGCCACGGCCGCCGUUGACAUGGAGACGGACUCCCUCAUCCAGAACACCAUCCGUGAGGCCUUUAGCUCCUGUACCAUUAUCACCAUCGCACACCGCCUCAACACCAUCAUGGACUACGACAGGAUCCUCGUGCUGGAUGAAGGGCUGAUGAAGGAGUACGACUCGCCCCUCGUGCUUCUUGCGAACAAACAAAGUAUUUUCUACGGCAUGGCCAAGGACGCUGACCUUGUAUAACAUUGUGAAGGCCAGUGACCGGAUUUGAAAUGUCUAAGGAUGGAUGGAUGGAAUCACAAGUGGAUUAACGUUAAUUUUUUGGACCUCCGACAUCUGCGAUCGCGACUUAUUUGCGGAAGGACGUGUCAUAAAGAACUCGAGACGUAUUUGGAUUCUGACCAUCCGGC